GCGCUGGUCCCUUUAAGGGCCGCGCGCGCCGCUGCCUCGCUCUGGGGCCGGUACCUGCGCGCCCGCGCCCCGCGUUCCUAGCUCCGCGCCCCGCGCGCGUCCAAGCGUUGGGAGCUUGUCCUCCGCCGCGGUCAUGUCCACCGGCCGGCCCCGGCAGCCCCGCGCGGUCCAGGUCCCCGCGCCCACGCUGGGCCGGCGCGCUGGGCCAUGAUCCGGCUGGGCAGCUGGUGCGCGCUGCGGCCCCGUGGCGCGGCGGUUCCCGCGGGGCGGCGCGGGGCGGCGGGCAGGCCGGGCCUGGCGGGCGGCCGCGCCCUGCGGGUGCUGGUGGACAUGGACGGCGUGCUGGCCGACUUCGAGGGCGGAUUCCUCAGGAAGUUCCGCGCGCGCUUCCCCGACCAGCCCUUCAUCGCGCUGGAGGACCGGCGCGGCUUCUGGGUGUCGGAGCAGUACGGCAGCCUGCGGCCAGGGCUGAGCGAGAAGGCCAUCAGCAUUUGGGAGUCAAAGAAUUUCUUUUUUGAACUUGAGCCUCUGCCAGGGGCCGUGGAAGCUGUGAAGCAGAUGGCCAAUCUACAAAAGUAAGUUUGCCUUCCUGGCCCC